GUUGGUGGUGUUCAUUUUAGCCUUCUUUCCAAAGUUCAAUAUGAUAUCGGAGAUUCUUGUUCACUGGAUUACCUUAUUGACAGCAUUUUCCCAUUGUUUAGGAAGCACAUUGAACCAGACCUUCAUCAUGCACAGAUUAGGAUUAACAACAGCUUUGUCUCAUCAUUUAGGGAGGCAAUCUACAAGCUGAAAUGCAGGAGUGAGGCAGCAGAAGAACAUUUUGCUUAUGCCUUUCAAGGAAAUGAAGCUCAAAUAGAUAAUUUCAUUGAGAUGUAUCUUAGGCCUCCUUCAGCAAGUGAAGAAGCACGGAUAAAUGAUUGGAUCAAGGUGCGCCAAUCGGGUAUAAGAUAUUAUCUGUCACUUGGGGACCAGAGGAUUGUUGACAAAAAUUUCAUUAUCAGGCCAAAAGCUGAAUUUGAGGUUGGAAGGAUGACUUUAGGUGGGUUACUGGCUUUGGGAUAUGCUGUGGUUGUUAGUUACAAACGAGCAUCUAAAUCGGUUGAUAAUGGAAAUGUUUCAUUGUCGCUUGAAACCAUUGAUACCCUUGGUGAGACAUUCAUGGUGCUGAGGGGCACAAAUAGAAAAACAGUUGGAACUGAAGCAUUGAAGAUGGGUAUUAGUGAGCCUUGUUUACUUUUUCAGGCACUGUUGGAGAAUAAAGGUUUUCCAGUUAUAGUUGGAAUUGGAGGUCCAAGUGGUUCUGGAAAAACUAGUUUGGCUCAUAAAAUGGCAAACAUAGUUGGUUGUGAAGUUGUUUCCCUUGAAAGCUAUUAUAAAUCUGAACAAGUAAAAGAUUUCAAGUAUGACGACUUCAGCUCGCUCGAUCUAUCUUUGCUUUCAAAAAACAUUGAUGACAUAAGGAAUGGUCAAAGGACAAAAGUACCCAUAUUUGAUUUGGAAACUGGUGUUCAGAGUGGCUUCAAGGAACUUGAAGUUUCUGAAGACUGUGGAGUGAUUAUUUUUGAAGGAGUUUAUGCUUUGCAUCCGGAUAUCCGAAAAUCACUUGACUUGUGGAUUGCUGUUGUUGGAGGUGUUCAUUCACAUCUCAUUUCUAGAGUUCAAAGGGACAAAAGUAGAGUGGGGUGUUUUAUGUCCCAGAAUGAGAUCAUGAUGACAGUGUUUCCAAUGUUCCAGCAGUUCAUUGAACCUCAUCUUGUUCAUGCACACCUCAAAAUUCGAAAUGACUUUGAUCCCGUGCUUUCCCCCGAGAGUUCAUUGUUUGUAUUGAAGAGUAACAAGCAAGUGGCUUAUCAAGAUAUUUUGAAAAUACUGGAUCCUGCAAAGUUCUGCAGCUCUGUCCAGAAUUUCAUUGAUAUAUACUUGAAGCUUCCUGGACUUCCUACUAAUGGGCAGUUAACAGAGGGUGACUGCAUUCGGGUCAGAAUAUGUGAGGGCAGAUUCGCGUUGCUGAUACGGGAGCCUAUAAGAGAAGGAAACUUCAUCAUCCAACCUAAAGUGGAUUUUGAUAUUAGCAUUAGUACAGUUGCUGGGCUUCUUAACCUUGGGUAUCAAGCUGUAGCUUAUAUUGAAGCAUCUGCUUUCAUCUAUCAAGAUGGAAAGAUUUUGAUUGAGGUUGAUCAUCUACAAGAUGCCCCGAACCCUUACCUGCAAAUCAAGGGGGUUGAUAAAGAUGCUGUAGCAGCUGCAGGAUCAAUGCUUAAAUUAGAUGGUUCAUAUACUACAAAGAGCUAUCUUCAAAUAGUGCUGGAAAGAUUGCCAGCAUCAGGAAGAGGCUUAGGUGGAAUUCACACUCAGCAAGCUGCAAGGUUGCAGGAACUUGUGGAAUUUAUUCAAUCUCAGGGCAGCAGUUCAGCUUCUGAAUCUUCACCAAUUAGAGAAGUUUCUCCGGUUGAAGGGGUUAUCGAAGACAUGCAAUCAAGGAUUAGAAGACUUGAGCGGUGGCAUACAAUCAACACGGUACUAUGGACAUUUUUGAUGUCUGCGCUUGUUGGUUAUUCACUCUACCAAAGGAAGCGUCAGUGAUGCCGUCCCGGUUGUUUUCUGUUUACCAUUGCAAGAAAGAGACUUUAUUGUUGCAUUGAUCAUAUCAUCAUUUUUACUGCGGCUGUCUCAUCUCCUUCCGCAGGUUCAAGUCAAUUGCUGAUUAUACAGAGUCAAAACAGUAACUUCCUAACUACAGUCCACAGUUGCGUUUUAUGUGACUCAUAACAGUGAUACGCACAACUUGAGAGCCAUUUAUUGUAUCAAAGUGAUCAUUCUCUUACACUAUGGUGAAAAGAAAGAAAAUGAAAAGUACAUACAGGCUGAGACUCAGAGAAGAAUACACUCACUCCUCCUCCGUUUAUUUUUUCUCUUUUUGUUAGAAGUUAUAAUUUACUCAAUGAAAGAUUAUUGAUGAGUUGUUUGCUGCUCUUGCUCUGCCCCCCAUUCCAUUAAAAUAUCAGAAUAUACGUUUUGCUUUGAACCCC